AUGGUAUUGCCUUCACAGCGGCCCCUCAUGGAAAGCAACGAAGAGAUCAUUCCGGAGCUCCAGCCCAUCUUCGCUUUGCUCAGCAGUCAUGCGAACAAGUUGUAUCAGGAAGGAUACUUCCUGAAGCUGGAUGACCAGGAUAUAAAGGGGAGACCUAAUCCGGACCGAACAUGGACAGAGUGCUUUGCCCAGUUGGUGGGCACAGUACUCUCUCUUUGGGAUGCUGCCGAGCUUGAUGCCGCUGGAGAAGACGGCGAGGUCCUCCCCAAGUUCAUCAACCUCACAGACGCUUCCAUCAAAAUGAUCGAGUCACUUCCGACGAGAUCAAGCGACGAACAACCCCUCCAGAACAUUCUCAGCAUCAGCACUGCUGGGAGAAACCGAUAUUUGCUUCAUUUCAACUCGCAUCAUUCCUUGAUCCAAUGGACGUCCGGCAUACGGUUGGCCAUCUUCGAGCACUCGACCCUCCAGGAAGCCUAUACGGGGGCUCUGAUUGCUGGAAAGGGCAAAUCCCUUAACAACAUCGGCGUCAUCAUGGAACGAGCGAAAGCACCUAUCCAAGAAUGGGUGCGGGUCAGAUUUGGAGCUGGUGUCCCCUGGAGACGCUGCUGGUGUGUCAUCGAGCCUCCAAGCGAGAAAGAAGUCCAAAAGGCCCAGAAGGAGUUCAAGAAGCGCUCCCCGUAUGAUCGUUCUCACGGUCCGGUUUUGAAAGGUCAGAUCAAAUUUUACGACUCGAGGAAGGACGCAGAAAAGAAGAAGAAGCACUCGAAACCGAUCGCCUCCAUUACCGACGCUUAUGCAGCGUAUGCCAUUUACCCACAGGCAAAGGCGUUGAUUGAUGGUUCGACACUUGUCAAGAUUGAGGGAAGUAUCACCAUCCACUCGGAACCGCCAUCGUCGACAGAAGGCUUCGUCUUCAUCAUGCCUGAGGUUCACCCCGCUGUCUCCGGCUUCGAGAUGCUACUCCGGUUCUUGUUUCCUACCUGGGAUACUUUCGCACUAUAUGGCCGCCCUGGCCGCCUAGUCGCUAGCGUGCUUGACCCACGCUCUCUGAUGUUUGCCAUGCCCAAGCACAAGCGAUAUGGGUAUUUGGAACUUCUCGAUGUCAGCAGCCUGAUUCUGACAGAGGGCAGUUCGGCGUGGACCGAGCAGCAGUGGAAGAAGAAAAUGAAGGAACUGACAGGAACGCGCAUGAAUGCCGUUGAAGAUGCGCCUAGGAGUCACAGUCGAAGCGCGAGUCGCAGCAGCAAGCGGCUAAGCUUUGGCCAGAACCCAGCGUCCUCUUCUAAACCACGUGUAGGUUUUGCGGAGGAGGGCAGUUCCGUCAGAUCAUCUCGGUCUCUCUCACUGUCCAGGCCCACCCAAAGGACGGACUCGGCGCCGCCGGACCCCAACCGGGAGCCCGUAUCAUCGACAAUGGCUGGACAUGCUCGCCAUUCCCGCAACAUUUCUGAUACACAACUUGCUAACGCUGCAUCUGCCAAUGGAUUGGAUGGUCCCGGAGCCCCGCAGCCCAAUAUGCGAGGCCCCGAGCGUGCCAGGACUUUUGCUAGUGAUUUGGCGUCUACUCCCGAGAGAGUCAGCUCAGAGGACGAAAGCCCCGCGAGGAGCCAGGUAACCAACGACCUCCAGGAAAUUCAACGGAUGCAGACACCAGAGCCGGUCAACGCUCCACCAGCCUUCGCGCAUAGUGCAGGCUCUCGACCGCAACAAAAGCCUUACCACUCACCCGAGAUGCGCAGAGCACACAAUCGUUUGUCAAACACGACGUUAUCGCAGAUAGCCACACAAGGCGGUUUGCCUUCGGAUGCGGUCCCAAACGAUUUUGACAGAUACCCUGAACAAGGCAGAGGCCAAUCACAAGGGCAACCAGCGGUACAGCCACAAGCCAGCGUCAAACCCAUGAGGAUGAAUGCUAAUUUUAUUGGAACUCGUCAAGCUCUAACAUCGCCUUCGCCGACGAACAACGGCCCAUCCGGUCCCUCCCCAGGGCUUACAUCGCCACACAUGAGAUCACCCCAACACCCUUCCACGGCUUCCCUUAUCCGUUCUUCCGAUAGUACUCCCCCGAUGACGAGUUACCAAGGAACAACAACUGAGAGCAGACGUACCCCACCCCAUAACCAAGGACCACCGCGAUCCAAUAUGCCAGGAAGAUCCCCACCGGUAACUAGGAAACCUCUCCCACCAGGAUCGCCAGUCCUCCGUCGCUUAUCUGAAGACUCUGCCUCGUCACUGCAAGUUCGGUCGGGGCGGGGGGCCGGAGGCUUUGACCAGCAGAUUGAAGAUGCCAGUCUGUGGUUAAGUAUGCUUGAACGACAAAACAGCAUGCAAAGUUAUUCGGACAGCCGGUCCAUUGAUGCCGCAUCUACAGCGAGCCCGGACUACGCUAGCACCCACAGAUCCGUGGACACGCAGGAAUCGGCAGACCGAGAACGACCACGUGCUGGAGUUUUGAAAGUCGUUGGUGAUAGCUCGGUUUCUCUAGAUGACGGAAAUACCAGCAACGGUGGGAAGACUGAUCUUGGGAUUGACAUCAAUUUUGGGCCGACUUUCAACUAUUCGGCCAUGAAGACUUCUUCCGGUAAGCCCACGGGAUCCAGCGCACAGCCAAACCGGUCCUUUUCUCCUAAUACCGGUAGAAAGUCACCGGGACCUGGUGCUUCGUAUUCUCACUUCCGCCAAGACUCGGAUGAUACUAUCCGCCGAACUGUUCCGUGGCAGCCUAGUUCUGGUCUGAAGGCUACUGUAGCCCACAAUGCUGUUUCCCCGGAACAGUUUGUUCAACAACGCGCGGCCGCUCCUUCUACUCCCGUCCUUGUACAUCAGCGCAGCCCGUCGUCUCAAACAAUCACCGACUUUAGAGCAGCGACCCCCUCAUCUCCCUUGAGACGACCUGGUGCCUACGGUGGUAGCCACUCGAGGCACAGUUCCGCCGACCUACUCUCGUCAGGACGCCCAGCAAGUCGUGGCCCUGCCGAACUGCUUACACCGGCGCGCCCGGCAAGUCGUGGAUCGGCAGCCAUCUUGUCAGGUGCUGAGGGUUCGUCUCAUCUCUCUGCUCGUGAGCAAGAAUAUGUCGCUCGUGUCACUGGAACUCCAUUGAUUGCGAUGGCUGGGAAUAAGGAUGGUCCCCAACCGAAAGCCGGCCUCGUAGGUGCGAUACAGCAUAGGGAAAGAGAAAGAGCGCAGAUGCGGCAAGGAGUAAGUGGUCAAGCUGUUGCGCUCGCCAUUGACCAACGACAACGAGAGCAAAAUCAACAAGCACAACGGGCAGCGCAGGCCGCAUACGCCCAGAAGCAGGCACAUCGUGUUUCUGGGCAUUUCAACCCAGGAGUGGUGAGCAACGGUGCUGCUUCUGUGUACGGAUUCGGCAUGAAUGGCUUGGAUAAUGGGCACAUGAAUCAUAUGGGGUAUAAUCAGCCUCUACAGCCCAACAUUGGUUACGGAUCCCUCCAGCCCAGACCUCGGUCCCAGCUCCUGGCGCAGCAAAGCUCAUACACCCUCGGUGACCCCACUGCCACAGGAUACGGAGCAGGCAGCGCCGUGUGGGCAAGUUCCCCCAUGGAUAUGUCACAUGGUUCUCACCCCCUUCAGUCUCCUUCGAGCUACAAUGUCGGUGUUCAAAACAGUCAGGCUCAAUAUUCUAUGCUUCAGUCGACAUCGAACGGUCAAUAUGCGCCAGGCGGGAUGCCCGGCAGGCCGGCAACACCAGGGCGCAUGCAAUACUAA